GUUUCAAGAGCCGAAUAAAAAUAGGGAGUGGGUCCGGAUGGGUUGGGUAUAAAAUGAAAGCGGGUCAGGAUGGGUCACUGAACGAGUUGUUUUCUGACCUAAAUUAGCCUCACGACAACUGGUGCUCUGUAAUUAUCAAUCAUCAACCGCUCUCUCUUUCAAUCAUAAAUUGGUCCUUUGUUUUGAUUACGGGUCAGGAUCGUGUUCAUUGAAAUAGAUUUUGUUUCGUCAUUACGCAUCAAGGAUACACACCGAUCUGCUCAGGUAAUUUGCGGUUUUUGAUAGGGAUUUGAGAAUUCUUCGCCCUAAUUCUUCUAAUAUUUUGGUUAGCCGUAUGGAUAUUCCCGAUGACAUAUUUGGCGAGUCGCUAAAUUUAGAAGACACCCACUUAAACGAAGGCUAUCAAGAAGGCUAUGAAACUGGUUUCGCCUCUGGAAAAGAUGAUGGACGGGAAGUUGGAUUAAAAACUGGGUUCACAACCGGUGAAGAGUUAGGCUUUUACAGAGGCUGCAUUGAUGUCUGGAACGCUGUGAUUCGAGUCGAGCCAAGUUGCUACUCAGCUAGAGUUCAAAAGAAAAUCAAAGAGAUGGAUGAGUUGUUGUCUAAGUAUCCGAUUUUGGAGCCAGAAAACGAGUCUGUAACAGAUAUUAUGGGGUCGUUAAGGUUGAAGUUUCGGGCUAUUUGUGCAACACUGAAUGUGAAGUUGGAGUAUAACGGAUACCCAAAAGCCUCGGACCCUAAUGAGAUUCAGUUUUGAGGUCAUCGAAACCAACUGUGAUAUUUUUAUGUUAUAGCAUACCAUUAUGAGUUGAGCUGUUUGUAA